AUGGUGCAGAAGUGUAGGAAUGCUCGCACCACCAAACUGCGAUGAAUGUGGCAAUCAAUGCUACAUUGCAAAUCAGAAAAACAUUACUUCUUAAAAUGCUAUGCAUUUAAGCUUUCAUUCUCAAUAAAAAGGAGAUCUUUCUUCAGCAACAUGAAGCUACCUAUGAAAUCAAUACUUACAUUGAUUUUUGAAUAUUGGUGUUUAAGGUGUCCCACGCCACCCUUUUUUGAUAGGGAUUAUGCCUAG